UAAAAAUGCCUAAAAGCAUCUCUCACAAAACCUCUCUCAAGCAUCGAGAGGUAGGAAUGCAGUCGAUUAUACCCCCAAAACUUUACGACUCUCCUCAUAUUCUUAAGCAGAAGAAUUUGGAGACAGUUGAGUUCAACAAAUAUUUCUAUGCCUCUCAUACACUGACUUUUCUUGGACUCGGAAUUUUAGCUCUGAACGUUUUGAUUUAUUACACGAGAGGAUGGGCGGUUGAAGACCUCCAAGCUCUGGGGUUUAAAGCAGCCAUAUUCUUCUUCCUCAUGUUCAGCUGAUUCUAUAUGCCAGAUACUAUCAUGACAAGGCCUCAUCCGUUCAUUUGGAGAGGUGUCCUUGGAGCAAACCUGAUUUACUUGGGCUUUUUGACUUAUUUAUCUUUAUUACCACUUGAUGCUGCAAGGAAGACUUUUAAAAUGUUUGAUGAAAAACUUGGAGAAGAACUUCCAGAAAGAAGCUAUGCUGAAGAUUGUAGGAUUUAUACUCCAGAAGACCCUGUAUCAGCAUUUAGGAAUCUUUCUGAAGCCUUCUUUGAUAUUCAUACUUUGGCCCAUCUGCUAGGGUGGGUAGCUAAAGUACUGAUAAUUAGAGAUACCAAGAUUUGUUGGAUUUGAAGCAUUGGUUUUGAGGUUGCUGAGUUAACACUCAACCACUGGCUUCCAAAUUUCAAAGAAUGAUGGUGGGAUCAUCUCAUCCUUGACCUAUUUGGAUGUAAUCUGUUAGGAAUCUAUAUUGGUUCAAAGAUUCUCAAGUAUUACUCAAUAAAAAAGACGAAUUGGAUCUACGUCAAGGAUCAGAGAACGGAGCAAGCGAAAUAUAUCAACCAAUGAUCUUCAAUCAAAAGAGCAGUACUCAAACUUCAGCCAAGCUUCUUGAUCCAACAUGACUGGAAGGUGUUCAAGAGCUUAAAGAGAUAUUAUGCAGUCAUUGGCUACUGAAUCAUGGGAUUGAUGAUUGACUGAAAUAACUUCUUUAUGAAAACUGUGCUACUAGUCCCUCCAAAUCACUUCCUCUUAAAACUCAGGCUAGCUCUCUGGUUCCCUCUGUUGGUAGCAGGGUCUGAAGAGCUAUUCGAAUACUUUACCAACAAGUACUCAAAAAGAGUGAGACCACACAUGUGGCUCACAAUUUGUCUAGUCUGCAUGGAAACAGGAAUCAGCGUCAGAGGAUUUGAUGUCUAUGGAGGAAAGCCAUUCCCCCUUCACAUCAAAAUCUUUUGGGCCAUAAUGCUCGGACUCUUUAUCUUAUCGUCAAUCUGGAUUUACUUCAACCAAAAGGAAGAAAAAGAAGAGGAAUGGAAUCCUUAUGACCCACCAAUGGAUAUCAAGGAAGUUGAAUAAGCGAUGAUGUAAUUCCUUCAAAACCAGAAGGAGUAAUUCCCACCAAUAAGAAUUUAAGAUAUAAUAUUUUGGCA